ACUAAAAAUUACUUAUUUUUUUCUUCCGAUUUUCAAAAUCACUGACUAAAAAUUUACAAAGUCCAGUAAUAAUUAGUAUAAAUAAAUGGAGUAGGGUUCCUAAUCCUAUCUAGGGUUUUCUUUUUCUCGGACUAUCGGUCACUCUGUAUCUCACCGAGCGUCGUCGUCUUCUCCGGCUGUCUGCAAUCGGAAAUGCGAUUGGGCACACAUUACCGGCCAUUAGGGUUUUUCAUUUAGAGACUGAGUAUUGGACAUCAUCGGCCAUUUUUUUUAUCGCUAUAAAAAAGCAGAUUGAGUUUUAUAAGAUAUAUGUAUGAAUACAUCCAUAUAUAUUUGAGAAUCGAAUCAACGUUUAUUUGAUUUGUUUAAAUAUGGGAGAAUCGCGGAAAUCAAAAAGGGUUUGUUGGGCCACCGAUGUUAAUCUUUGUCAGGUAAGGCUGUUUCUCUCAGAAGACUCUCCUUCACAAGUUGGAAUGGGAACUCAUGACCAUCUCCAGGCCAAGCCAUUCCGGUCAGCACAGACAGGUGGCGUCGUGGGGCCCGAUGACAAUUUGCCCCCGGGCUUUGAAGGAAUCCAACCUGCUAAUCCUUGGAUGACAAAGAUGUCUCAAAUACCAUUGACCAAAUGGAAAUGCCCUCUUAGAUUUGGCAUUAAUAUUGCUUGGCAAGUGGUAGCUGGUGAGGAGAGCGAAGAAAUUGAAAUUCAGAACAAACGUGAGAUGAGAGUGCUCGAAGCUAUUUAUCCACGCCAGUCGGCCAUCCCUCCAAACCCCUCUGUUUUGCCGGGAAUCCAAGAACCAACCAACGAAAAUCGACAAACCCCUGUAGUCCCCAUCACCCCAAUCGAGGAUGAAGACUCCGCAAUCGACAGCCAUCGACAGCAACACUCAUCAAUCGGCAGCAGUAGCAAUAGUGUGGCUGUUAAUCCUCCAGCCAAUGGAGUCGAGCCCGAUAUUCUGUCGGCCCUAGCAGCCGCCAUCUCAAACGGUACUAAUAAUAUUAACAACACUAAUCUGAUCGACCACAGCCUUCUCGUCAAGAUCCUCAGCGACCCCAAAAUGAUCGAGCACCUCAUGACCAGCCAAAGCAGUAAUUCCCAAAUUGCCCUUCCACCCCCCUCAGAACAAAAUACACCCCUUUCCACAAGCAGCAUGCAGUAUGUUCAAAAUCUGAGGCCCCCACAAAACGGCCCGUUCCCUACACUAGGCCCGUACUAUCCUCCGCGGGCCGUGCCUGAUGUGGGCCCAGGUCGAGGCCCACACCCGCCAAUGCCGAGGGAUGUGAACUAUUACAAGAGCCUGAUUCAGCAGCAUGGAGGGGAGAGGAAGGAGAGUGGAGUGGGCUUGGGCCCGUUUGGGCAUCAGGAGCAUAUGGUGAGGCCCGGCAGAGAUAUGAAGCCCAAGAUAAUGAAGCCAUGCAUUUAUUUCAAUAGCCCAAAGGGAUGCAGGAAUGGGCCCGACUGCUCGUUUCAGCACGACUUACUUGGUGGACAGAGGGUAAGCGGUGGUGGUGUCCCGGAGGUUCAGAGUGGAAAGAGGGCGAAAUUGGAUAAGGAAAUUACAGAAUCGCGGAAAUCAAAAAGGGUUUCUUGGGCCACUGAUGUUAAUCUUUGUCAGGUAAGACUGUUUCUCUCAGAAGACUCUCCUUCACAAGUUAGAAUAGGAACUCAAGACCAUCUACAGGCAAAACCAUACCGGUCUACACAGACAGGUGGCAUCGUGGGCCCCGAUGACAAUUUGCCCCCGGGCUUUGAGGGAAUCCAGCCUGCUAAUCCUUGGAUGGCAAAGCUGUCUCAAAUACCAUUGACCAAAUGGAAAUGCCCUCUUAGAUUUGUCAUUAAUAUUGCUUGGCAAGUGGUAGCCGGUGAGGAGAGCGAAGAAAUUGAAAUUCAGAACAAACGCGAGAUGAGAGUGCUCGAAGCUAUUUAUCCACGCCCAUCGGCCAUCCCUCCAAACCCCUCUGUUUUGCCGGGAAUCCAAGAACCAACCACCGAUAAUCGACACACCCCUGUGGUCCCCAUCACCCCAGUCGAGGAUGAAGACUCCACAAUCGACAGCAAUCUCGCGAUUGGCGGCAGUAGCAAUAGUGCCGCUGUCAUCCUCAGCGACCCCAAAAUGAUCGAGCACCUCAUGACCAGCCAAAGCAAUAAUUCCCAAAUUGCCCUUCCACCCGCCGCAGAACAAAAUACACCCCUUUCCAGUUUACAUUGUAACGCGCCAUCCACAAGCAGCAUGCAGUAUGUUCAACAUCCGAGGCCCCCACAAAACGGCCCGUUUAACCCAAUCGCGAGACCCCCUACACUAGGCCCGUACUAUCCUCCACGGGCCGUGCCUGAUGUGGGCCCGGCUCGAGGCCCACAACCACCAGUGCCGAGGGAUAUGAACUAUUACAAGAGCCUGAUUCAGCAGCAUGGAGGGGAGAGGAAGGAGAGUGGGGUGGGCCCAGUGCCGUUUGGGCAUCAUAUGAAGCCCAAGAUAAUGAAGCCAUGCAUUUAUUUCAAUAGCCCAAAGGGAUGCAGGAAUGGACCCGACUGCUCGUUUCAGCAUGAUGGGCAGAGGGUGAGUGGUGGUGGUGUUCCGGAGGUUCAGAGUGGAAAGAGGGCGAAAAUGGAUAAAGAAAUUACAGGGUCUGAUAUACUGAUGAGCAGG